UGGAGGGUUCUUCUUUUUCUUUUUUACAACAUCAAGUCUGUGGGCUAAUUGACCGUGUUUAUAGGAUUUCAGCCAAACAUCUCUUGGAUCUAUCAGAAUCUAUCUGAGUAUUUUAAUAACAGUAAGCCUUGAUGUCAUCAUAUUAAUUGGUGUUACAGUAUAAAGCAGAGGUGAAAUCAGUAUUGAUCUGGACUGAUUUCAGAUCAUUGAACUAAUCCAGGACACAAGUGUGGUACACACCCUUUCUAAGGAAACAAUGGAGAAUUCCAGUGAAAUAGUAUUUGUGUUGCAAGGACUGAAUGAAACAAGGACAAACAAACAUAUCUACUUUGUUGUGACUCUUCUCGGUUACCUUUUCACUAUUUUUGUGAACUUGACUUUGAUUAUGACAAUUAUUUUGGAGAAAAUGCUCCAUGAGCCAAUGUUUAUAUUUCUGUGUAGUUUGUGUAUAAAUGGGUUAGUAGGGGCUUCUUCUUUUUAUCCUAAAUUGUUGCUCGACCUUCUAUCUGACGUGCACGUCAUUUCGUAUGCCGCAUGCAUGAUUCAGUUAUUUAUAGGCUACAGUUACGUCUUCUGCGAAUUUACUAUGUUAACAGUGAUGGCUUAUGACAGAUAUGUCGCAAUAUGCAAGCCGCUGAAUUACCACUCCAUCAUCACGCCUCGGACGGUGGUGAAAUUGUUGAUUUUAACUUGGCUGUUUUCCCUCUGUGAAUCAAUUAUUGGGUUGAACCUGACACUCAGACUCCCCCUCUGUGGAUUCCACAUCGAGAAGCUUUACUGCACAAACUGGCCAGUGGUAAAGCUGUCGUGCGUGGACACCACUAUCAACAACAUUUACGGAUACAUUCUGACGUUUUCUCACGUUUCACAAGCAGUGCUGAUCUUGAUUUCCUAUGUUAAUAUUAUUAAAGCGUCUAUACGAUCCCCGGCAGAUCGAAAUAAGUUCAUGCAGACCUGUUUGCCACAUUUAAUCAGCCUGACCAACUUCACAAUCACACUCGUUUUUGAUGUAAUGUACGAUCGCUACGGUUCCAGCAGUCGGUUGCAGAAUUUCCGCACUUUCCUGGCGCUGGAGUACCUCGUUGUUCCACCACUGCUAAAUCCUCUCAUUUAUGGCUUGAAAAUGAACCAGAUCCGCCGGCGAAUAUUUAGAAUUUUCCGCUUUAGAGUUUCCGCUUUGAAAUGAAUACCCGUGGCUUUAUAAUCACAGGUGUCAGGAAAACGUGACUUAAUUUUGAAAGCAGUAACUGAUGCAUGGAUUGAUUGGUGGAUCAAGGAAUUGACUGCUGUUAGUGUCGAGGAUUCAUGUUUCUUUUGACUUCGCAAUGUUUUUUAUUUUUUAUUUUUUGUUUUUGUUUGUUUUUGCACCCAGGAAAAAAUACUCUGGCCAGUUUUCAAAUUGUAGAGUUGCAUCCUGUUAGAUGUUGCACAUGGCAUUUUCAUUGAUAUUCCUUUCUAUAUUUGAACUAUAUGAUUUAAUGCAAUGUACUGGAGUUAGAGUGCCUUAAUAUUGUGUCUCUGGCACGUAUCUCACCACUACUAUAUUUAUAAAAUUGGGUCGUACCAGGAAAGCAGUAAAGUACAGAGAGUUUGAGAUCUCUCGCAUAUUAACUCUGUCAUAGUGUAUCAAAUGAGAUCUCAUCAAGGUGGCUGGUUCUGUGUCACUGUUCGACAGAACAACGGGAGGGAGCAUUAGAGGUAUAGGUGACAUCCCGAGAGGUAAAUCAGUUUCUGAGCCUUAGUCCAGAGAUAUAAUUGUGCAGCAAGCAGAUCAAUAUGAUCAAAUGUAUUAUCUAUAACAAUGAGAUAAUAAAUGAUAAAUGUGUAUAUUUAUGUUUUGUGUAACACUGGUUAGGAGCUUGCUCCUUACAUCUCCUUAUGAGUUUAUAAAUUUGAAGGCUGCAUCCUGAUUAUUUAAUGCAAGCUGCCCCAGAAAAUAUUUUGUGUGUACACCCAGUAUAAUUCUACUGAUAAAUAUCUAAUAAUGCAGCCAAAAUAAUAUAAAUAAUUCACCACAUUAGAGGUUGUUCUUUGUAAAACAUGAUAAGAUGCUUUGCUCUCUUUGUUUGUCCCCCCCAAUUACAUCAAUUUUAGAUCUACAAAUUUAUUUAUUUUUUGAUCGAUAAAAGUCAUUUGCUGCACAUAAAUAUUUUGUUAAGCAAACAUGCAUUUAGGUUUUGUUUGUGGCAAUCAUAUAAUUUUGUAUGUGGGAAGUGAUGAGUGUAGCUCUGUUUGUAGGUUUAUUUCAGAUGUGUGUUGUUGUUGUUGUUUGUGUGUGGAAGUGUAUGUGUGUGAGAGGGAGAGAGAGAGAGAGAGAGAGAGAGAGAGAGAGUGUGUUAAUGUUGUGCACAGGCCAAGUUCAGGAAAAGAAACACUGUGUUUUGAUGUGAUUAAAGAAACAUCAGAUUUGAAAAUAUAAAACACGCAACCGAGCACAGAUGAUUCUUAUGCGCUUCAAGUUUCAGCACUUGGCGGUCCUGUUCUGUGAGCUUUUGCGGCCUACAGCUUCGUGGCUCAGCUGUUGUAGCUCCUAUAUGUUUCCACUUCACAGUAACGGCACUUGACUGGGGCAGCUCUAGCAGGGCAGAAAUUUGAUGAACUGACUUGUCGGAAAGGUGGCAUCAUAUGACAGUUCCACGUUGAAAGUCACUGAGCUCUUCAGUACGACCCAUUUCACUGCUAAUGUUUGUCUAUAGAUAUUGCAUGGCUAUAUGCAUGAGUUUGUGCACCUGUUAGCAACGGGUAUGGCUGAAAUAAUUUAAACCACUAAUUAGAAGGGGUGUCCACAUACUUUUGGAAAUGUAGUGUAUAUGUAUGCUUAAAGGCUUCUCUUUGCAUUCUGUACAAAUUGUAGGAAAUCACUCUCUUACGGCAAUUAAUCAUUAAUUGCAAAGGAAGACAUUAAACACAAAGGGGAAUGCUGGGACAGAGACAAUCUUACACUGUAAGGUCCUCUCGCCUGCAGUUCAUUGUCGACACCACAGGGUGACAGUAAGACACCACAGAAACAAGUUCUGCCCCCGGGCACCAAUCUGAUUUCAAGCAAAAAAAUAAAAAUAAAAAUAACUGUAGAA